CCUCACACAGCGAUUUAGAAUAUAGCAGCUUCGUUAUCAUUCUUCUUUUUGUUUCGCCUUCCAUACCAGUUAUUAGCUUCUUUGACGUUCAUCAAAACCCGCUUUGAACUUCUGUAUAUUUAAAGCACAGCUAUUGUUAGCCUAGUGUGGGCCUGUGUUGCAAUAUGGAUUCUCUACUCAGUGUCCCGAUGUUUGCUGAUAUUGACCUCGACGAAGAACCCAUCGAUAAGUCUGACUUCAUGGUUCGCACUCUUCCAAGUCCGCCAAUUUCAGAUACCGGAUUAUCCGAGGACGAAAACUCACCAAUAUCAGACGACAGCGACAAGACGUCUGAAAUAGAAGUCAGUAAGAUGGAUGGUGAUAAAUGCAAGCAAAUCGCAAAUCAUCCUCGCUACUCUUUUUAUGAUUUACCGAAAGAGCUAAGAAUUCGAAUUCUGCAAUUGUUGACAGUGACUGAUUUAAUGAAGGCAGCCAUGGUCUGUCAUGAUUGGAAGAAUUUGGCUUUUGAUGGAUCAUUGUGGAAUAACAUUGAUGUCACACCAUACUACAAGAAUAUAACGACGGAACAAUUACUAGCACUAGGUGUUGCUGCUGGAGGGUUCCUGAAGAUAGCGAAUUUUAGAGGUUGCAUACAACUUACUGGUCACUCCUUAAGAACACUGGCUGAAUGCUGUCCAAAUGUAGAAGUACUUCAGUUAAAUGGUUGCCGCACGGUUUCGACUCCAAGCAUCGCAUGUUUUGUAAGCCAAGCAAACCGAUUACAAGUAUUAGAUGUUUCCGGUCUGGACUCCAUCAAGAAUCAUACACUUCAAGCAGUAGCGAGCUCUUGCCCAAUGCUUCGAAAAUUAAAUGUUGCAUGGUGUCGCAAUAUCAAUGCUGACGGAAUACACGCCAUCGUUCAGGGUUGCAAACGCUUAGAAUAUCUGAAAAUGAACGGAUGUAGUCAACUAGACGAUGUAACCAUGACUGCUAUUGGAGAGAACCUAGUUGAUCUGAAUAGGCUGUGUUUAGCGUCAUGUAGCGAUAUCAAAGAUGCCGCCAUGUUAUCGUUUUUGUCGGCCUCGCAUGGAAAAUUGACCCACUUGAACAUAUCCAAUUGCUCAAAGUUAACGGAUCUCCUUGCUCGCAGCAUGACAAAGCAUUGUCCACGACUGACGCAUCUGGAAUUAGCAUGCUGCUCUUUGUUUACAGAUGAAGGGCUUACUCACAUGAUAUCACGACUAACAGGACUAGUCAAUUUGGAUCUUGAAGAUGUCCACCAAAUUACGGAUAUCUCUGUCCGAGAAAUUGCAGCUCAUCAAAAAAAUCUUCGAAGACUUUGCCUCUCAGGAUGUUUACAGAUAACAGACUCAGCUAUCACAAAUCUCAUCCUCGAAGGAGAGUGCGCUGAUUCACUGGAGCAGCUGGAACUGGCUAACUGCAGCUUAAUCACCGAUCGAGCGUUGACCACCAUUGCAACGCAUCUGGCCACAAAAGACCUCUCCUCGCUUCAAUCUCCAAUAAUGGAUAGCACAUCUGUAUUCUCGACCUCCCCUCCCUUUCGGCAAGGCACUAUGUCUUCUUGCUUUACGUACUCUUCUAAUGAAUCCUUCGAUCCUACUCUUGGUAGAAAGAAGCGGCAACUCAGUGUGGAAGUACUAGACUGUAAUAAUAUUACAGAGAGUGGAGUACGCAAUGCUCUUGAUCAAGCGGCUCCACUGCUGGAAAUCAAAAGUUUCUACUCCUGGAACGACAACCGUAGAAGAGCCCAAGCAGAUGCAGAAGCGAAUAACACUCCAAAUGCAGUUGACCUUACAGGUUUAAGGGUUAACGUUCGCCGCAUCCGCUAUUAUCCAUUAACUAGAACCAGACGACGACGAGGAAACCAACGGGAAGUCAAUACCACUACCAAUGGUCGUUCCGGUUCCAGCUGUAUUAUCUCCUAAACGUGGAUUUGGAUUAUUGUAUCAAUCACGAUGUAUACUUCACAACAUCAUAGUAUUUCUGCCUCUUUUGUUUAUAUUUUUAUAUUCAGCACCCAGUACCGACAUCUUAAAAGUGAUGCGACAACCUGCUUCAUUUUCAUUAUGUAAGGCAUUGUGCUAUGCUCCAUAUACGUAAAGUCCCAACCUGUCUAUAUAAACUUUGUUGAACAAAGGUCACUA